AUGAGAAAUGAAGGAAAAAAAGGAGAAAAAAAUGAAAAAACGAAUAAAGCAGGAAAUAUUGAGCAAAAGGAAAACAAAAUUCAAAAUCGUCAAAAUUUAAUAAACAGUAUUUUAAAAAAUCGUGGGAAAAAGCCCGAAAUCGAAAGUGACAACGACGAGACAAAAGCAAGAAGAAAUGUCAGUUUUUCCAACGACUCAACAACAACAGAAAACAAAAAUCAAAAAUACAAACAACUAAAAUUAAAUUUCCCCCAAACUAAUGAAUCGACAAAAAAUCCUUUAAAUUCUCCAUCAAUAAUUAAUAAUUCCCACAAAGGAUAUCGAAGCAGAAAAACAAUAAAUUCCUCACACAAUAAAUCGAGAACAAAUUUAAAUAAUUCCAAAUCUGAUAAAAACGUGAUAAAUCGUCGUUUCCCGGGACCAGCUGGCCUACUACCGCCAAAUAUGGAUUUCACCAAUUUUCCCAUGGCCUAUUUAAAAACAUUCGACGAAAGUGAAACAACCGUUGAGCGUCUCAAUGAAACGAGAAUAACAAAUUUUUGCUCACAAAAUACAAAAAAUCGUUUCACAAGUGGCGCGUGGCAAAUGAUGAUUGACGAUUUGCCCGUGGAUUUUUUCCAGGCACUCGACUUGGCGACAAUUAAGCGUCAAGCAAAAAAGGGACACUACAAAAUGAAGCGGACAAAAUUUUUCGCUGCCCUCGUUCAUCAAAUGGAUUCGAAUACAAUUAUUAAUCCAAUUGUUGUGCUGAAGGAUUCGAGUGAUGAAAUGGAGGCGAGUAUUCAUAGGAGUAUUAUUUCGAAAUAUCCAAAUGCAAUUGAUGUGGGAGUUGUUUUGUUGCUCAACGAUGUGACGAUAAUAACGUCGAAAUUUUAUAAUAUGGCUUUGGUGCAUACGAGGGACGUGGUGGCGAUUUAUAACGAGAAGGAGAGAAUUGUUACGACUGAAUUGAUGGAGAAAAUACUCAGGGAGCAGGAGGGGAGUAAUUUUGAUGAUUCGAGGGACACUUGCAAUGAAGAGAGGACAAUUAGAGAGAAAAGACUUGAGAAAGUGCAACAAGAGCGAGAAGAGAGAACUGAAGAAUUGUCAGCAAUUGAUUCAACGAAAGAUAAUAACAAUGAAAAGUCAACAACAAUAAGUGCAUCACGUGAAAAUGUAAUUAAUCCAAAGCAAAUUCUUCACGAUAAUAAGGAUAAUGAAUUUUUAUCGCAAUUAAAUUUAGAUGAAAUAUCUGUCUCUAAUAUUAAUGAUCCAAGAAUUGUUGCCAGUUCAACUUUAAUUGGCAAUGAAAUUCAUUUGGAAAAUGAUUCAGGAGAAUGUUCAACUCAAAUGGAAAUUAGCAAUGAAAAUUCUCAGGAGCAAAUUAAUACGGGAAAAUCGACUGUGAUUUUGGAUGAGGGAAAUUUUACUGAUUUAUUGGAAUCUGAGGAGGAAGCCGAUGAAUCUUCUUCACCGAAAAGAGGCGAAAAUAAUGAAAAAAUUGUCGAAAAGAAAAUUGAAGAAAACGCUCCGGGACCUUCAAAGUUGCAAAGUUACUUGAAACAAUUUCGCCAUAGCGAGGAAUUGACACAACCGGAAGUUGUUAUAGAGAAUAAGAAAAAUAACGAAAUGGAAAAAAAUCUGGAAAAUUUAAACUUUUCGAGUUUACCUUCUUCUGAUGAUGAAUUAAUGGACAAUAAUAUCCCCAAUGAAUGUGACAACGGGACGACAAAUGAAAUAGAAACACCAGUGGAAAAUACACAAGGAGUGAGAAAUAAUUUGAGAAAUUUUUUCAAUGAUGACGAGGACGAUGAAUUUUUAUCGCAAGUGAAUAUUGAUGAUUUGUGAAUUGGGAGAGGAGA